CAUUUCCCGUCUCACUCGCUCAACAAAGAGAAAAACCCUAUCAUAGCGGCAUAGUCACGAUUUUGCCGGGAAACCCUAAUUCUCCCGUUUAAUCCCUUAGUUUUCCGGUAAAAAUCUUCCAUUUGCCGGCCAACUGCUUGUCUUUUCGGCCAUCUCUGGUUUUACGAUGGCCGAAGUUCUUGAAAUGCCCCUUGAAACCCUAGAUCGAAGGCGGGAUCGCCAGCCUGAGCGCAAGGAGAAGGACUUUGAUGAACCUCCUCCUCCUCCUCCUAGGAAGAGAGAUAGAGAUUCUAGAGAGAGAAGGGAUGAGAGAGAUGAUCGAUUUCAAGGGAGAAGAGGGGAUUAUUAUGACAGGAAUUCUAGAGAGAGAAGGGACGAUGGUUAUAAGCGGAGGGGAAGCCCUAGCCCUCCUCCUUAUGGGCACAGGGAUAGAAGGCACUCUCCCUUGAGGCGGUCGCCACCUUUUAAGAGGUCGAGGAGAGAUGAUGGUUACGAUAACCGAAGGGGUAGCCCCAGAGGUGGUUUCGGUUCAGAUGAUAGGAGAUUUGGUCAUGAUUAUGGAGGGUAUGACAGAGGAGGAAUGGGGGGCAGACUUGGGUAUGGAGAUGAGAGGUCUCAUGGCCGUCAUAAUCGCGCCUCUGGUGGUUAUCAAGAUUGGUCUGAUUCCGGUCGUGCUGGUUUUGGUGACAUUUCAAACACAUCUGGUACCACCCUAAGGGAGGGUUUGAUGUCAUAUAAGCAGUUCAUUCAAGAGCUUGAAGAUGAUAUACUACCAGCUGAAGCUGAGCGGAGAUAUCAAGAGUACAGAACAGAAUACAUCACCACUCAGAAGCGGACAUUUUUUGAUGCUCAUAAAGAGGAAGAAUGGCUUAAAGAUAAGUAUCAUCCUACUAAUUUGGUGACAGUUAUUGAAAGGAGGAAUGAGCACGCAAGAUCGACCGCAAAAGAAUUCUUGCUGGAUCUACAAAAUGGGACUUUGGAUUUGGGUCCAAGCAUCAAUCCAAUGGCAUCAAACAAAGCCGGGCAGGGUAGCGACCAAAACUCAGAGGAUGAAGCAGACCCCACUGGAAAAAGGAGGAGACAUGGCAGAGGCCCCACAAAAGAAAACGAGCUCUUUUCAGCUGCUCCCAAGGCCCACCCAAUCGCCUCUGAGCCCAGAAGAAUCCAAUCCGACCUCGAAGAAGCCUUAGCCUUGUUGAGAAAACUAGACUUUGAGAAGGGCAUUGAACCCCAUCUUCUCUCCACUGCCGACCAAGAAAAACAAGAGGGGGAGAAACCACGUGGUGGGUCAAUGGGCCCUAUUGUGAUAGUCAGAGGUGUAUCCAUUGUAAAAGGCCUAGAGGGGUUGGAGCUCUUGGACACAAUUCUCACUUACCUAUGGAGAGUUCAUGGUGUAGACUACUAUGGGAUGAGUGAGACUAAUGAGGCCAAGGGCCUUAGGCAUGUGAGGGGAGAGAAUAAGGGUCUUGAAGAAGGAAAUGGAGGUGGCUUGGAGUGGGAAAAGAAGCUCGACUCAUUUUGGCAGGGGAGGUUGCAUGGUCAAGAUCCAUUGGAAGUGAUGACUGCUAAGGAUAAGAUAGACGCAGCAGCUGUUGAGGCCCUGGAUCCUUUGGUGAGAAAAAUAAGGGAUGAGAAGUAUGGUUGGAAAUAUGGGUGUGGAGCUAAGGGGUGCACAAAGCUUUUUCAUGCAGCUGAGUUCGUCCACAAGCAUCUUAGGUUGAAGCAUGCAGACCUGGUUUUGGAGCUCACCUCGAAAGUGCGGGAGGAUCUCUACUUCCAGAACUACAUGAGUGAUGCAAAUGCUCCUGGUGGAACUCCUGUCAUUCAGCAACCGGGACCGAAGGACAGGCCUCCAAGGCGCCGACCAGGUCUGGAUGUAAGUAGUCGUUUGAGAGAUGAUCGUGGAAGCAGGAGGGACCAUGACAGGGCAGAUAGGGCCAACAUUGAAGAAAGAUUUGACAGGAGUGAGAAUUCACCAUCUCGGGAUCUCCAGCCUAAUGCAGGGGGAGCUGAAGGUGCCAAUCCAGAUUCCCCUAUGUUUGAUGCUUAUGGUGGUGGGCAGGGGAUGCCUCCCUUUAGCUCUGAUAUGCCACCUCCUCCUCCUGUCUUAAUGCCCGUUCCUGGUGCAGGACCAUUGGGACCAUUUGUUCCUGCUCCACCUGAAGUUGCCAUGCGCAUGUUGAGAGAGCAGGGUGGCCCUGGCCCUUAUGAAGGCAAUGGUGGUCCAAGAGGCAGGAAAGGCCGUCCAGGCCCUUCGGUUGGAGGCCCAGCUCCUAUCAUUGCUGUAAAUCCGGCUUUUCGCCAUGAUCCUCGGCGUAUGAGAAGUUACCAGGACCUUGACGCACCCGAAGAUGAAGUAACUGUUAUAGACUACAGAAGCUUGUAAUUGCUUUCUGCCCAUUACUAAAUGGAGCAGCUAAACCUAGUGAAAGGAAAACAAAAUAGUGGGCUACUGAGGAGACUGCGUGUUCCCAACAUGGACAAUGCCAUUGUUUUUCUAAUGGGCAAAUAAUCGAUGAUUUCUCCAUGGAGUUCGUGUUCUCUCUCAAUCUUUUUGUAGCAUAGAUACAGCAUGAUACAGUACGCAGCUGCUUUACAUAAAUUGAAUGUUGUGUUUGAGUUCCGUUUAAAUUUUAUUAUUGAACAUCUAAUCUACCGCCAGCAAUUUGGCAGUUGCCGAAGAGGAGCGAUGAGAUGCAUGGCUGAUGAUGAAUGGUGCCUCUCUCUCUCUCUCUCUCCCAGAAAUUUUAUCUCCUCUUAGAAUUUUAUUUUGUUUUUGGGAGUUGUAUAUUAAUUAUCGUAUGGAUUGUGGAGCAAAAAAAACAACCUUUCAAAUUUUGUUCCUCUGGUGGUUGUCGUGUUUCAUUGACAUGAUAUUGCCGCUGAACUUUCAUCUGUUUGAAUGGGUGAGAUGGAGAUUCAAUAUUCUUGAUGUA